AGUGCAACAAGUCUCAAUUCCAUCUUUGCUUUGGCUUUCCUCACAGCUUUGUCUCUCUCUCUUUCUCUUUCCCUCUCAUUCUGUGUCUUUUGGAUGGAGGGCGAGAAGGCCUAGGAUAGGUCUCUCUCGUUGAAAAAAGUUGAGAAAGAAAGGGAGUUUCCCGUUUUAACAAAAAAAUUUAUAAAAAAAAUUAAAAAAAAGAAAAGAAAAGCCCCAGAAAAGAGAGGGAUCUUUAAUUGUCUUCCUUGAACUUGCACUUGUUGUUCGUCAUGGGUUCCACAUUCAUUUCUUUAGAAGAUGUCAAGAACGAAACUGUCGAUCUUGAGCGAAUUCCUAUUGAUGAAGUUUUUGAGCAGCUGAAAUGUUCAAGAGAUGGUUUGACAGGAGAUGAAGGUGAGAAGAGGCUCCAAAUCUUUGGUCCAAACAAGCUUGAGGAGAAAAAGGAGAGUAAAAUCCUCAAGUUCUUGGGUUUCAUGUGGAAUCCCCUAUCAUGGGUCAUGGAGUGUGCUGCUAUCAUGGCCAUUGUUUUGGCCAAUGGAGGGGGAAAGCCACCGGACUGGCAAGAUUUCGUUGGUAUUGUCGUGUUGCUCCUCAUCAACUCAACUAUCAGCUUCAUUGAAGAAAACAACGCAGGCAAUGCUGCGGCUGCUCUCAUGGCAGGUCUUGCCCCCAAAACCAAGGUGUUGAGGGAUGGGAAAUGGAGUGAGCAAGAUGCAGCAAUCUUGGUACCAGGAGAUGUGAUCAGCGUCAAGUUGGGAGACAUCAUCCCAGCCGAUGCCCGUCUCUUGGAGGGUGAUCCUCUUAAAAUCGACCAGUCUGCUCUCACCGGUGAAUCCCUUCCAGUCACCAAGCACCCGGGCCAAGAGAUCUUCUCUGGUUCCACCUGCAAACAAGGAGAGAUUGAGGCUGUUGUUAUAGCCACUGGAGUUCAUACCUUCUUUGGCAAGGCUGCUCACCUUGUGGAUAGCACAAACCAAGUUGGUCACUUCCAAAAGGUGUUGACAGCCAUUGGUAACUUCUGUAUCUGCUCUAUUGCGAUAGGCAUGCUAAUUGAGAUUGUAGUGAUGUACCCAAUCCAACACAGGAAAUACAGAGAGGGUAUUGACAACAUGCUGGUGCUUCUUAUUGGAGGUAUCCCAAUUGCUAUGCCAACGGUCUUGUCUGUGACCAUGGCUAUUGGGUCUCAUCGCCUGUCAGAACAAGGUGCUAUCACAAAGAGGAUGACAGCCAUUGAGGAGAUGGCAGGAAUGGAUGUCCUAUGCAGUGACAAGACUGGGACUCUCACCCUCAACAAACUCACUGUUGACAAGAACCUGAUUGAGGUGUUUCCAAAGAACAUUGAUAAGGAUACUGUAGUCUUGCUUGCUGCCAGGGCUUCCAGGAUUGAAAACCAAGAUGCCAUUGAUGCUUGUAUUGUUGGAAUGUUGGGUGAUCCCAAGGAGGCAAGAGCAGGAAUCACUGAGGUGCAUUUCUUGCCCUUCAAUCCUGUAGAUAAGCGCACAGCAAUCACCUAUAUUGACGAAGAAGGCGACUGGCACCGAUGCAGCAAAGGAGCUCCUGAGCAAAUCAUUGAACUUUGUGAUCCAAAGGCGGAUGUGAAGAAGAAGGCACACAGCAUCAUUGACAAUUUUGCUGAACGUGGUCUUCGUUCCUUGGGAGUUGCUAGACAGAUUGUUCCAGAGAAGACCAAAGAGAGCGCUGGAGGACCUUGGGAGUUUGUUGGUCUCUUACCCCUUUUUGAUCCUCCAAGGCAUGAUAGUGCAGAGACCAUCCGUCGGGCUCUUGACCUUGGUGUCAAUGUUAAGAUGAUCACUGGUGAUCAGCUUGCCAUUGGAAAAGAGACUGGUCGUAGGCUUGGCAUGGGCACCAACAUGUAUCCCUCUGCCACCCUCCUUGGCCAGAGCAAGGAUGAGUCCAUUUCUUCCAUUCCUGUUGAUGAGCUCAUUGAAAAGGCUGAUGGAUUUGCUGGUGUUUUUCCUGAGCACAAGUAUGAGAUUGUUAAGAGGCUGCAGGAGAGGAAGCACAUUUGUGGAAUGACUGGAGAUGGUGUAAAUGAUGCCCCAGCACUCAAGAAGGCAGACAUUGGUAUUGCAGUAGCUGAUGCUACUGAUGCAGCUAGGGGUGCAUCAGACAUUGUCUUGACAGAGCCAGGUUUGAGUGUGAUAGUGAGUGCUGUGUUGACAAGCAGGGCUAUCUUUCAGAGGAUGAAGAACUACACAAUCUAUGCUGUUUCCAUAACAAUACGUAUUGUGAUGGGGUUCCUGCUUAUUGCUCUCAUCUGGAAGUUUGACUUCUCGCCUUUCAUGGUCCUGAUCAUUGCCAUCUUGAAUGACGGAACCAUCAUGACCAUCUCCAAGGACAGGGUGAAGCCAUCUCCUGUUCCUGACUCAUGGAAGCUCAAGGAAAUCUUUGCCACUGGAAUUAUCCUUGGGGCCUACCUGGCCAUCAUGUCUGUGGUGUUCUUUUAUCUUGCAAAUGACACCAACUUCUUCAAAAAAGUUUUUGGAGUGAAGGCAAUUGCUAAUAAUGCUGCAGAGCUUAACGCGGCCCUUUACCUUCAAGUGAGCAUUAUUAGUCAAGCACUCAUCUUUGUGACCCGAUCAAGGAGCUGGUCCUUUGUUGAACGCCCUGGUUUCUUGCUUUGCAUUGCCUUCAUUGCAGCACAAUUGGUUGCCACUAUCAUUGCUGUGUAUGCACACUGGGGCUUUGCCAGGAUCCAUGGCAUUGGAUGGGGAUGGGCAGGAGUGAUCUGGAUUUACAGCAUCAUUACCUACCUCCCUCUCGAUGUCCUCAAGUUCAUCAUCCGAUUUGGAUUGUCCGGCAAGGCCUGGAACAACAUGCUUCAAAACAAGACCGCUUUCACGACAAAGAAGGAUUAUGGGAAGGGCGAGAGGGAAGCACAAUGGGCCUUGGCUCAACGUACACUCCAUGGUCUCCAGCCUCCAGAAGCAUUAUAUACAGAGAAGAGCAGCUACCGGGAUCUUUCUGAGAUUGCAGAGCAGGCAAAGAGGCGUGCUGAAGUUGCCAGGCUCAGGGAGUUGCACACCCUCAAGGGACAUGUUGAAUCAGUGGUGAAGUUGAAGGGUCUGGACAUUGAAACCAUCCAACAGCACUACACAGUUUAAAAGACCUCGCGAAAUAUGGAAUGCGGUUGAGUCGUUAAUCAAGUGUAUGUAGACAAUUAAGGAAGAUGGGAGGACAAGGUUUAAAGGAGAAGCUCUUUGUGAUGUUUCUUUCUUCGUUUGAUUUUCUAUGUUUCUUUCCAUGAGGAUUUAGAAUUGCUGGAAUAACCAGAUGCUUUGAGACUUGUUGUAGUUGAUUUGGAGAAUGGAAAAAUGAACUCAAAGGGACGGAACGAAGAUUAAAGGAGCUAUUAUAUAUUAUUAUAGAAAUAUGGUGUCUCGUUUUAGUAUGACAGAACUCCUUUGUCUUUCUUUCCAGACAUUGUUUCCCUUUUCUCCAUUUCUAUCCUCAUUAGAUUUUUAGUUUUAGGUUUUCAGGAUCAAAAAUACUCCCAUGUACUAGUUUUUUAUAGAAAUAUAGUGUCUAUAUAUUUCUCUUC